AUGGAGAUGUAUCUGGCCGACGACUACCCAAGUUCAGAAACCCCAAAAACAGAGCUCAUCACCGAUCCACGAUUUUUACCUGACGAUGAGCGAACCUUUCCCGCAAUUUCAAUGGGAUCCGCCAUGUUGGGGAUAACGAUGGCCGGCUUUGUGUGCAUCAUUUUCUAUAUCUUCAUCAAAUUUGGUCAAGAGAAUCGAGCAGAGAAACGAUGGGGAUCGCCAAAAACCUCAAAGCCAAAGCCAUUCGUCGUCGAGGAAGUCCAAUCAGCGCCAGCGUCGAUUUGCAGUUUGAAACUGAUCGAUGAACAGCCAGAAGUCGUU